AUGCCGAUGAACAUCGCCGAGGUCGUGCGAGACAUGGCAAAGGACCAGCACGUUGGUAAAAGGACUGCCGCCUUUGAAUGCAACACUGGGAUGGACACAGUGAAGACAACAACUUAUGAAGAGCUCUGGGAGAAGGCGAUGAAUCUUGCUAGAGGAAUCCGCGAGCGACUAGGCAUACGUGAGGGGACGUAUCAAGGCCUUAUAGCAGCAUGCUACAUGGAUCGUACGAUAGACUGGUACGUUGUGUACAUCGCGUGCGCUGCACUAGGGCUACCACUGGCUGCUAUGGGCACUGACUUACCGAGUAAAGCACAGCAAGAGGCUCGCAACACGUACAUUAUGGAGGAGCUGAAGCCGGUUAUAGUCAUUGCUGAUAGAGCAGUGGAUGGGGACUGGGAUUACACUUUACGGGAGGUCUUGCACGAGCUAGUACACUAUAAAAAUACCGUACUGAAUUUCAUCCCAACCGAGAAGAGCGUCUGUGUAGUUCAUAACGGCCUUGUUCACUGGUCGUCUGCAGCCUAUGGUAUUCUUAGCAUUGGGCUUUCCAUGGGCGCUAUGGUAGCCCUGCCUGGAAGCGACUAUAACCUUCAGAAGGAUUUGGCUACGUUUAUUGAGAUCGCUAGUAGCGUUCACGCUAGGCUUACUAAGCGAAGAAGGACGCUGGUGUGUGGUUUUGUGCCCACUGUGCUGAGCACUAUAAGAAAGGAGUGUGUGGUGGAGAGGGCUCGCCUUGGCGGAGAUAAUGAUAUGGUCCUCAUAUCGUGGGGGGAGAAGCUAUCUCAAGAGCUAGCAGAUGAAUGGAAUGAUGCGAAAGAAAUAACGCUACUUGACCUGCUCAUCGCCAGCGAGUAUUGGCUCAGCUUCUACGCCACGAGAGAUCGCCAAUGUCAUUAUGAAAAUGCACGAUAUCGAGUCACUGAGGGAGCCAUUAUUGAUGUGGAUGAGGUCCUCACUAGAGGACAGGAUCAGGCUUUGGUGGGAGAGCUUCUACUGGGUGGUGAUAUGGUGACACCAUACGGCUACUAUGUGCCUAAAGGAGGAGAUUCUCGAGCGGAGCGAAAUAAUGCGGAGAAGUUUGUUGUCAGAAGCGGGAUAAGGUUUUAUAGGACGAACGAUUUGGUGCGGGUGCAUCCGGACAAGACUGUCGAGUUCAUCGGGCGUAUCGGCAACUAUGUGAAGCUCGGAGGGGCGUUUCAUGAUAUAAAUGUCAUUCAAGGGCAGCUCUCGGAAGAGUUGGAGCGGUCAUGUUAUGUGGUGAAUUAUGAAGGCCAACUGCAUUUAUUUAUCACACAUCGUGAUGGCUGUGAUAGAAUCAAUGGUAGUAGACUGUUGGCAGCAGUGAGGAGUAGGAUACCUAUGAUGGACGUUGAGAACGUUCAUAUGCUACCAGCAAAUUACGAACUGCCACGUAGUGAGGCCACGGGGAAGCUGUCCGGGCCGAUGUUGGUGAAUGCGGUAACUAAGGCUGAUAAUAGAAAGGCUAUUGAAAAGAAGGCUGAGGACACUAUGGAGGAUGUGGAGGCUGAGAGGAUGCGGGGAACUGCUCUUAUGAUUACUCUGGCUCUUCCAUUGUGGUCACUAUUGAGCCACCCUUUUAUCAUACUGAAGGCCUUCUUCAUGCGCCUUAUGCUCUUGCCUUGGGUCAUGAGGCUUCUGAUACAUCCAGCUGGCGAAUACGUUGCUUAUUAUACUCCCUUUGGCCGCUAUGGGGGGCCUGCAAUGCUGAGGCAAGAUGUUGAGACGUGGAUUGGCUACGUCACUAAGUGGGGGCUUGCUGGGGUGUCUAAAUGGUACGUGGAGCAGCUAGAGAAGCUGUGUAAUAGGAAGUAUUAUUGGAGAUGCUCACGAUUACUCCAUAGAGUGAACUCACUCCUCGCGGUGAGUGGCGGUCCGGCUGAGACAACCACAACUCGCUGGACGCCUCAAGAGUAUGGGAAAUGCAGUAGAUGCCGACGGAGAUACGCUCUGAAUUAUGGAUGUAGCGAUACGUUCUAUGCUGAGCCGUGGAAUUGGUAUUGCGAGGACUGUUGGUGGACACAUAUCGGCCGAAUCAAGGGCAACUCUGUGGAGCAAAAGGUCCUGAGGAUUCUGACUGCUAUCUUGGGUGAACCUCCGACCUCUGAAACGACCCUUAUGGGUUUGUCCAGUCUCAACGUUGUAUUAUUAACAGCGCAGGUUAAUAAGGAAUUCGGGGCUAAUCUCUCUGUGGCUGAAGUGAUGGAUUCUGGGACUAGUCUGCAAGUGUUGUGUAAGCGCAUCGAGAUGGCGGUGAUCGCCGCCCAGCCGGAUGAUACCACUCCUCCGCCACAUCUGGUACCGGCUGGCGUGGCCAACAUGAUGCCUGCUGUGCACAAGAAAGGUGCAGAGGAAUUCCAGGAUCUGGUAAACGUCAAUCUCGACCUCAGCAGCCGAUGCUCGCAUCCUCAGGAGGGCAUCGACAUGAUCUUCAACGCUGGUAAGCUCUUGCAUCUCUCACUUCAGCUCACUAUAGCGCUAUUAGCAGUGAAUAUAGUGGACACCUUAGUGGUAGUUGCAUUGUAUGAGGAGGCUGAAUUGGUCCGGCUUCUAUACGCUGUUCUCAAUACUGUGGUUUUUGGUUCCUUGGGAUUUUAUGGCUUCUACCGAGGAUUCAGAGGCAUGGUUGAGGAAAUAACUGACGAUCUGGAUGCAUUCCGAUUCGCUCAGACACUUUUAACGAUUGUUAUGGUAUGUUUUGCCUUCGUUCCUUGCGGCAGUAUAGAGGGCUUACUCAGUGAUGCAAUGCUGGAUAGACAUACGCAUGGGUUCUGGUUCGUCUCGGCUACGAUUGAAAGCGUUGGAUGGUUGCUGGAUGCCCUCCUGUCCUGGUAUGUGACAGCUAAGAUAAAGGACUUGAUGCAGCCCGACGUAUAA